AUGACCGUCUUGCUGACGGUUCCAGAGAGGACCGCGACACGCUUGUGUGCGUUGGCCAAGCAAGACGACGUACCCGUCGAGCUGCGUGAACAGAUUCGCACCAGCUUACGGAGCAAGGCACUCGAUCAAGAUGCGCCUGCGGACAUGGGUGUGGCCUGGCAGCACGUGGUGAUUCCCCAUCACAUACUUGUGGCGGUGGCACGAUGGGCGCGUCCCAGGCACGAGACGGAUCUGUGCUUAGACCAGCUGGUGCGUGGUGCGCGUGUUUAUGUAGAACCGCGACCGAUCUAUCGACGCCCGCCGGAGCUUGAAGCAUCGCUGGAGGCGAUUCGGCUCGAGCAAGAAAAGCAGGCGUACGAGAACAUGACGGCGACAAGCACGCAGCCAGCCCAGGUGUCGCUUCGAGUACGGAAGCCUGUUAUGACGGUAUCUGCCAAGGAAGAACGUGCUGCGUGGCGAGAUGCGCGUGCGCAUAUGAGCGCGCUUAUGAACAUCCUAUUGAGUAUGGGCGCGAUAGCCACGGCCGUAUGGUGGGGUGCGGGGAGCGCGAGCACACUUUGGAAAUGCUGUAUGCAAGGUAUGCCCGUGUGA